AUGUUUGGCUUUGAGGAUACGGUGAGACGUGAUCUUCAGUUCACGAUUUAUGGAGUAUUCGGAAUAGCAGCGGGAGUCCUGAAUUUGUGGUUACCCGAGACCGCGGGCAGACCGAUGCCUCAGACAAUGUCUGAUCUGAUCCUCGGCCUGAAUAAUGGACUUCACAAAGUGCGAAAAUCAAGGGUUGUUCAGUUGACUAAAAAUGGACUUCGAGGACUCAGGGAAUACGUCGAGGAGGAAAUGGCGAUGGUACCUAUAACGGACCCAGAAGCGGAAUCCGAAACGUCUUCAAUCAGUAUACGUGCGAGGCGGGAGUUCGUCAAGUACACAAAAGUUUUUCCAUUUGGAAGCUUCUUCGACUUGAAGGCCAAAUGGUAUCGCAGGGUUUUCGGCACACUUGAAGCCGUCUUCGGAUUGCUUAUGGCGAUUAUUCCGAUCGCAAUCGUCAAGGAUGUGUCGAACAGCGUGCUUUUGACCUUGACUCUGCUGAUGGGAUACAAUCAUUACGCAGUCAGCAAUCAGUUCGAGAAGUUCGCCCCGUUUUUGGUGUUUUUCUUUCUGCUGUGUUGUCGAUUGAUAAUCUCAUGGCAAAUCAGAAGGAAGGAAAGGAGGCAACAGCUUCGCGAAGAAGCAGAGAAGACACUGGAGGAGGAAAAGAAAGUCAAAUGAUCUUCAUUUUUGCGCCUUCGAGGGUCCGAUCAAAAAUCCUCCGUGACCCCCAUGGAAUUCCCUUACGCGAUUUUAGCAAUUUUUGCAGCACAUCAUGUUUUCCUUGUCUAGUCAUAUUGGUUGCAUAUUUUUGUUCAGCACGUAUGCCUGACUGUGAUGUUAGGCAUACCAAACCUAGUCCUUUGGACCUCAAGGAAUCUUUCUCAGUGCGAUGACGCACAUAUCAAAAGCCUGUGUUCCCGGUUAUUUGCUCACUGAUUUUUUAUGACACGAAAUGAAAUCGGUGUGUGUGUGUGGGUGAAGCACAUUUGCUCAAAUUUUUUGAAUAAGUGGGUUUGCUUAAGAUGGCAUCAUACGCACGGGAUCUCGAGCUGUAUAAAACUUCGUUGUUGUUACUUCAUCGAACCUCGGUUUCUUGAGCCCUUGUGCGGUGUUGUGGUCCAAUGAUAUUCAGUGUUCUAGUAUUACACUACAUGUGCAAUAAAAACCUCUUCGUCAAGUC